CUGUCAGUGUCCUGCAGCUGCAUAAUUAUUUUGGAGUAAACAGAGGGUGUGUUGACAUCCGUCCACACGCAUACGUGGCUGCGACACAAACAAACAGAAGGCAGCUUUCUGUCGGAGCAGAAGGUGUCAGUGGGUCAUGGCGAGCUUUAACCACUUGUUGAUUGUGUCGUUCUUGUUGCCGCUGGUGCUGAGCUACCCGUUCAUCCCACCAACAUGCUACAGCAAGGUGCUGAGCAUGGCCCGAGAGCUCACCCAGUGGGCUGCAGAGCUGAAGAGGGGCUACGAAACUGGUUACUGCAUGUCACACAUGCCGGAUCUCUACCUUGAUGUUCAUAAUUCCUGUGUGAUGCAUAAAAUGAGGACCUACAUCUCCCUGGUGGAGGGCCUGCGACAGCGCCGCUGUGCUUACACCAGAGAAGUGAGGAAGCUGGGCGUCACUCUGAGACAGCUCUUCAUCUUCAUGUCAGAGAAGUGUCACGGGGAGCUGGCGUUCACCACCCACGACUGUGCUGCCCUGGAGCGCUAACACACCGGACCUGAGGUGAACAGAUGCUCAGGACUAACAGUGCUUUCCAUUCUUCAAGCUUCUACAGUAUUUAAAGAUGCAGGAAAGAUGUUAAAGCCAAAUCUACAGUUUUGUUCCUUAGAGAUGUAAUUUCAUCAGCUGUUUGAUAAGAACAGUGGGGCUGAAAGCUUCUAACUACAGGAUCUAUCUGAUGGAGCCCGUCUGAGGAAGCAGCUCAUGUCGCACAUGUUUCAUGUAUGUCAUAUCCUGCAUGUAUAAUAAUCACAGCUCACAGUCCACACAAUACAAUACUGUCCAGUCUUACUGGCAUUCUGAACACUUCAUAGCAAUUGUUAUUAAUAAGUGGUACAUUCAGAGUUACAUUUGUCUUAUUUCACUGAGUACAAACAAUGAAACACUCAACAAACAUUUGUGAGAUUUAUAACACUCUGUAACUGUGAAGCUCAUCAUUAACAUUCUGUGGAUGAUGUUUAUAAACCUUUACAAUAACUAAUGUUUAAUUAUUUAUAAAUGUAAAAGUAUGGUUCAUUUCCUUUUACUUAUAUACUUAUCAUAUUCACUCUGCCAUUAAUAAAAUCAGUGGAAAUCAAGAUCUUUGCUCCGUCUACACUGUUCUGUACAACACAACAAUCAUUUACAGUCUCCAGAAUUAAUAGAAUACACACAAUAUUUAUCCUACUAUUUCUGAUGAAAUAUUUGUAUUUACUUACUAAUUAGUUCAUCAAAAUGCAGUGUUUGAUGAUGUUUCCUGGUUGGUAAAAUCUGAAAUCUGUAUGAAGGAUUAUUAGAGAUCGGGCUGAACGCAGCAGACUCCGACUCUAAACCAGGUGUUACUAAUAACAUCAACAAUGGUUCUGUUGGACCGGGUGGACCCAAGCCAUUCAGCCGUGACAGAGAUGAGACCGUCAUGAACAAAUCCAGCACCAUGAAAAUGAAACUGCUAAAUGGAAUUCAACCAUCAUUGAUAUGAUUAAUUACACCGUGACGUGUCAAAAUGUCCUCCAGAACACAAGUGUUCAUCAUCAGGCCCGCUGGUAUCUCUGAGCAUGUCUACAUCAUCAUCAACAUCAUCGUUGUCAUCGUCAUCGUCAUCAUCAGAUCUGAACAAAUAACUCAAAGCCAACAGGCAUCAUGUAAAGUGAGAAAAGGCCUCAAAGCUGCAGUUUAACUGAACUGGACAGGUGUGUAUAUGAACAGUACACACACACACACACACACACAAUGGUGAGGAGUCAUUGGUGUGAGCAGAGAGUUCUGCGGGCCUGUGUGGACUUGCAUGAGCUUGUCUCUUUACGGGAGGUUCUGUAGGAUUCACAGGAAUUCAAAGUGUUAUUACAGAACUUUCAAUGAGGCGAACAGCUGAGAUAAUAAAUGAUAUUUAUGCCUCAAAUGGUUCAUCUAAACAUCUCAGUGCUGAAUUAAUGAGCGAGCUCAGCACCACAUCACACUGCCACCAGUCGCAUUCUAUAACUGCUCAGUGUUCAGCUAAUCUGUCCACUGCUCAUGUGAAGGAGAGUAUAAAUGAGGGUCAAUGAGUCCUGAGAUGAUUCAUGCAUUCUGAAGGGAAAAGUUACCUGAAGUUCAUAGAAAUAAGUUUCAGAACUACCAGAGGAAGAUCAGCAUGACAACAUCGACUGGACAGAGAGCAGCAGAACACAGCUGGACGUCUCUGACUGCAUCGUACUGUUCAGACGACACACGCAACCUGUUUUCUGUCAGACGAAACCUUUUUGUAUCGCACCUCUAAAAGACAGAGUUCACAAAGUGCACUGACAUGCAGACAGAGAGAGAGCAGGACACUCAGAGGGCACUGUGACAUCAUCAUCAUCAUCAUCAGAAAUCAACACAAAUGUGGACAAAAGGUCCAAUCUCUCAAUAUUAACCAGAGUCCCUUUAUUGGGAUCUGUUCUGGGCCGAGACCCAUCGUCCAUCCCAGUUUAUCAGAAAUCCAUUCAGUAGUUUUUGUAGAAUCAUGCUGACAAACUAACCAACUAACACAGGUGAACACAUAACGUCUUUGAUGGAGCUGAAAACAUGUUCAAAGACUCCAUCUGAAGAACACAACAGUGAGUGUCAGCCAUGUUGUUCAAAAGUUCUUAGUCUUAGUCACUUUGCUGGUGGUGGAAGUGUUAAAACCCCGAAGAGGGACGUUGUCAUUAGGGAGUGGACAUUCUAAUCAGAAGACAAGGAUCUUUACUGGCUGAUUGUUUUUCUGCCAACAAACAAAACAAAACAAAACAAACAAACAAAACUAAAAAAAAAGACUGUUGACAUGACUGUUUAUAUGUGGCGGACCCUGCCACCUCUUCUAGCUUCAAACAGUGUU